AUGGAAGAAGACGAAAAGCCCUUUCCUCUUUCCCCACAACCACCGAAUUGGGUCGCAAAACUCAUAUCCCUUCAGGCUGAUGUAAUCUACAGGUGCUUUGUUUCUGGCUCCACCCCUUUCUCUGUUGCGUCUGAGUCCUACCAUCAAGCUGAAGAGACCAGAGACAACGUUGAAUCGGCAGUCAACCGAAUGCCGUCCGCCAUCAUCCUCUUAUUUAAGAGGCUCGGACUUGGCUUUCUUAGUGCCGCUUAUGUGUGCAUGGUUCUGUUAUUGGUUCUCCUUCUGGCUGUUGUGCUGGGUGUUGGAUUGGUUCAUCUGUGGGCGGAGGAACCUGUGUUUGCGAGGGAAGAGUUGCACUUCGAUUACACCGACGCUCACCCUACGGCUGUCUUUUCUUUUGACGCUGGACUCAUCAGUGGCCUUGAAGGCUAUAGCAACAACAAGCAGAUAGGUAUUCCGAUUGGCCAUACAUUUUACAUCUCCUUGGUCCUUGUCAUGCCCGAAUCUGACUUCAAUCGGGAGAUUGGCGUCUUUCAGUUGAGCGCAGAACUCCUAUCAGUAAAUGGGAAUGUUACAGUGAAAUCUAGUCAGCCGAUUAUGUUGCGGUACAGAAGCUUCCCAGUCCGACUAGCUAGGACAUUAAUAAUGGGCAUGCCUCUGUUACUGGGAAUAUCUGAGGAAACCCAGAAGAUCAACGUAGAAAUAUUGAAGCACAAGGAGGACAAUCGAAGAACCAAGGCAAUCAAGGCCAUUAUGUGUCCGAGAGCAGGGACAUCGUCUCUGCCGCAGAUAUACAAAGCCGAGAUCGUGAUGAACUCCCAACUACCUGGGGCUAAACAAUUGGUUCACAAUUGGAAGUGGACAUUUUAUGUGUGGGUGUCCUUGUACAUCUACACUGUGCUGCUGAUGAUUCUGCUGUGUUGCUGCAGACCGCUCACUUUUAUGGUGGUACCAGAGUACAUGACGGAACACGGCAGCCCAACGGAACUGAGGAGCGCAGAAGCUGAAGAAUCACAAAUGAGGGAAGCAGAUGAAAGUGAAGUUUCAGAGUUGUUGAGAAAAUGGCGAAGAAGCAGAAGCAAGAGAAAAGCGAUGCUUACGCAGGGUGGUGGUGCAGAGUUGGAAGCCAUGGCGUCAUCGGCUUCCAGCACCACCAUGACUAGAGAAGAAGUAACCAGCACGGCUGUUGAAGAUGUUGGGGACUCUGAAUCGGUCUGCUUAAUUUGACUUCUGCGUCAAGGAUAAUGUGUACUUUAAUUUUCGAGGUUACCUCUGUCCUGGAAAAGUUGGAAUGGUUGGAACUGGCAAACAAUAUCCAACACGAGUGAUUUGCUGUGAGUCUAUAAUAAUAUCACUGGAAGUGAGGGGGGCGAAUGGUUGCUGUUAUAAUGACCAUGGUAGUAAGCUUGGAUUAAUGCGCGCAUGGUAACACCUACUG